AUGGUGGAAAAACAGCUAGAUCCCAGACAGACACAGUCGCCACAACCUACAUCAAAUCCUGAUGGUUCCAUAUCGUCCAUAGGGUCAAUGACGGGCCCAAGCGGUCAAUUUGCGAGAAGAGAUCGCGCAGAAUCGGAAUCCGGGACUCGACCAGCUACUGUAGGCGCACAACCACCUAAUGCGGCCCUGUAUCCGUGGUCGCAGCGACGACUCAAUUUCCCGACUCCUCAGAGUAAUCCAUUUCCCCGAUAUGGCGCCGCUGUCAAUUCUGUUGCUUCUAAGGAAGGCGACAUCUACAUGAUGGGCGGUCUAAUAAACGGCUCAAUGGUUCGAGGAGACUUGUGGAUGCUCGAGUCAGGCGGCGGCAACCUUUCGUGUUAUCCCAUUGCGACUGUAUCUGAAGGCCCUGGUCCGCGUGUUGGCCAUGCCAGCUUGCUUGUUGGAAAUGCCUUCAUUGUCUUUGGAGGCGAUACGAAGAUGGACGAUUCUGAUGUGCUCGAUGAUACCCUUUAUUUGCUUAAUACUUCCUCGCGACAGUGGUCGAGAGCCACGCCGCCCGGCCAACGCCCGCCAGGACGAUACGGUCACACCCUGAACAUUCUCGGCUCCAAGAUCUACAUCUUCGGCGGUCAAGUCGAAGGCUACUUCUUCAAUGAUCUGCUUGCGUUCGAUCUCAAUGCGCUGCAAAAUCCUGGCAACACUUGGGAAUUCCUGAUGCAGAACGAAGUCGAUGGAGGCUUACACGGCCCACGUCCAGCUCCUCGCACGAAUCACACAGUCAUCAGCUAUAACGAUCAGAUGUUCUUGUUUGGCGGUACUAAUGGCACACGCUGGUUCAAUGAUGUCUGGAGCUAUGAUCCAAAAGCGAACGCAUGGACCGAAAUGGGGUGCAUCGGGUAUAUCCCUGCGCCUAGAGAAGGUCACUCUGCUGCUCUGGUAGGCGACGUCAUGUACAUAUUCGGCGGCCGCACAGAAGAGGGCAAUGACUUGGGCGAUUUGGCUGCCUUCCGGAUCACAUCCAAGCGAUGGUACACGUUUCAGAACAUGGGUCCCUCUCCGUCCCCACGAUCUGGCCACAGCAUGACCGCACAUGGCAAGCAAAUUAUCGUGUUGGCUGGUGAGCCAAGCUCAGCACCUCGAGACUCGGGCGAAUUGAGCAUGGUCUACGUCUUGGACACGAGUAAAAUUCGAUAUCCUAGCGAUUCGGCCGCACCACCAUCAGGCGAGAAGCAGCGAUCCGGCAGUCCUCAGAGACGACCCAGUAGUGAGGCCAGAAAUCCAAAGCGAUCGCAAUCGCGCGAAGGUCAAAUCGCGAACGAUGCAUUUGCGAGAGCUUCGCCCAUGGGUGGUCCUGUUCAGCGACCUGAUGGUUCUCGACCCGACGGUGCGACAAACAGCGCACAAGGAUCACGUCUGCCAAGAGCAUCACAAGCACCAGCGGGACCGCCGCCACAGGGCCAACCUCCUAAUCCUCGUGUUAACGGCACAAUGUCGCCUCCCAAUGGUGUCAGAAAUCGGCCGGCACAGGACAAGAGCCAGCAGAUUGAGAGUAUUCAAGCGCCAGCCGUCAAGGCGGUCCAGAAGGAAGCCUCCCGACCCAGCCGCGACAACAGUCCAUCAUCUCAUGGUCGGAGAACACCAACGCAGACAUCCAAAGCACGCGCGAUGGAAGCUGGUGAAGCUGCACCUAUGGUGGGACCUGCUGUCGCUCGCCAACGCUCUCUGCGAUCGCAGCGCGCUCAAGGUUCUAUCGAUAGCACUGAAGAAGGUGCACUAGGUCGAGGCGGCUCCAACCGUCAUCACUCUGACACUCAGAGCAGCGUCCGGAGUCACUACGAUGAGCCGCGGUCGCCGAAGCUAUCAGCUCACCAGGAAGCACUUGUCAAAGAGCUAGACUCAGCAAAGCGCACCAAUGCAUGGUAUGCAUCGGAGCUCGCCCUUGCUCGCAAAGCUGGCUAUGCACCGUCUGGCUCCUCGAACUCGACAAUCGAUGAUAAGAACUUGAACCAAUUCUCGGACGAUGACAAACCACUCAUCGAAGCUUUCAUGGCUAUGCGUGCCGAAAUGGUCAAGAUGCACCAAGCGAUGGAGCAACAGUCUAGCUCAACCGCGAAGCGAAUUGCUGAAGUCGAGCACCAGCGUGAUGCGGCCGUCACCGAGGCUGCAUAUGCCAGAGCCAAAUUAGCUGCGCAUGGCGGCAGUCAACGCUCAACACCUCAGCCUGACCACUCGGACGACGCCGAUAGAUCGACAGACAUCAGCCGCCGCCUUGCACUUGCACUAGCCGCUACGAAUGAUCACAAGGCCAAGAUCGACGUUAUGCAUAACGAUCUCGCUGCCGAGAAACGAGCCAGAGAGGCUGCAGAAGAAUCAUCUGAAGCUGCUCAUCGCCGUCUGGAGGAGCUCAGUCAAGGCCGCAACCCUGCCGAGCUGGAUGGGCUUCGCGCCGAGUUGCACGAGGCGCAAGGCAAUGCUAGAUCAGAGGCUAGCUUCAGAGCCGAAGCCGAAGAGAAGUUGCGCAUACUGCAGGCCGAAUUCGAGUCAAUCACAGAGAAGCACGAUCAUGGCUCUUCCCGUCUCAAAGACUCGGUUGCCUCAAUCGCUGCACUCGAGGCUGCUGUGGCUGCGUCCAGUGGCAAAGUGACACUUUACGAACGUCAGCUUGAGCAAGAGCGAUCAGCACGCGAGACAGCAGAGCGAAAGCUGUCACAACUUCGGUCGGAGCAUGAAGAACGGACUAAUGAGCUCGAAACGGCGACGAAGCGUCUUCGUGAUGCCGAAGAGUUGGCAGACACCCAUGCACAAGAGGCUAACACCCAUCGUGCAGCAUUGAUGGCAGGUCUUGCUAAACUGUCUACAUCGGAUCGUGACGUUGCUGAUCGAGGCCCAAGCGAGCAGCGUUUGGCCGCUCUUCAGGAGAACGCGGACAAGGCUAACGCGUUGGCUAAACAGCACCAUGCUGCCGCCGAUGCCGUUGCUGACAAGCUUCGUGCUGCUGAAGAGAGAAUCGCUGGGCUUGAAGCGUAUCAAGAGCAGUCUAGCCGCGACGGCGUCCAAAUUCGACGACAGCUGCAAGCCGCGCUGAGAGAUGCUCAAGCGUAUCAGGCUGAGCUUCGUGAAGUCAAGUCUUCUUACGAAAGCCACCAGCGCGAUGCAAGCGCGUUGGCUGUGCAACAUGGUGCCCUCAAGGAUCUCCUUGGUGAACGUGGCAUGGAUAUGUCGAAUGCGCGCCGCUCGCCUGCCUUUGGCGAAUCGCCAGCAUCCCGAUUCGGGACUCCUGAGCAGGGUCGUCUCAAGGAGCUCGAACACCAACUACAAAACAGCAUGAAGUCUCACGAGGAGACCAGAUCACAAUUCGAGAGCCGAAUGCAAGAAGCUGACAGCACAUAUCGUGAGAAAUUGGAGCAACUGGAGAAUGACUACCAGUCUGCUGUCCACUAUGUGAAGGGAACGGAGAAAAUGCUCAAAAAGAUGAAGGAAGAGCUCACCAAAUACAAGACGCAGAAUGCCCAGCUUCAGACCGAACUCGAGUCUGCGCAGAGUACGAGUCGAGAAGUCGUGCCCGACUCUGCCAACCAGGACGGUCUGCAGAAGGAGAUGGACUCCCUCAAGACCCAACUCACAGGCCAAAUUUCGACACUUGAGAGCAACUUGGCCGCCGUUCGAGCGCAAUUGGCAUCGACUCAGGAGGACCACAACAAGCAAUCGGCACAACACGAGAAGCUGUUGAGAUCUACACAGCAAACCGAGAAGGAGCUCGAGCAGCUGAAGCACGAGAACAGCAUGCUCCAAGGUCGCGCAGAAGAGGCCGAGCAGCGUGUCACAAUGCUCCUCGACCAGGUUGGCACUACGGUUGGCAACUAUCGACGACAGUCCCAACUACCGCCUCCAGGGGCGAAUGGCAUCUCUCACCUCCGCGAUCCAAGCGAGUCGACUGCGACCGACACAUCUUCACCCGAUGACAACGGGAAGCCUGACGAGCGAGGCUCUGUUGCGCUCGACCAUCUCGCUUCAGAAUUAGAGACCCUGAAGUCGCAGUGGGAGAGCACUAGCCGAAACAACUACCGAUUGAGCGGGUUGGACUUCGAACGAACUCCGACCAACGAAGCUGCAAGCGGUGAGCAGAUGAGCGACAGUCUUGCUGAUUGGAGACGCCGACUGGACGAGGAGGAAAAGACGUCGCCGCCUGCCGCAUUGAAGCAGAAGUAA